UACAUGGUAUGAAGUUGAACGUUCAUUCUAUCUUCCUGAAUUUGCAAUGGGGUGUACCCUUUUGAAAUUUCAAGAAGAAGAAAAAGCUUCUGAAACAGAUCGUAUUGAAGUGGCUGUAAAAUCGAUCAAUCAAUGGACUGGAAGCGCAUCCAUUAACAUAGGCUAUAUCCAUCCUGAAACAAAGAAUUCAUCCAUUAUGGAUGUGAAGUUUUCAACCCGAUUACCGGAUGUAGUUGCUAGGUUCUUGCCUGGUGCAGGGCGAUACCAAGUCCUAUACACAGAUUAUACAAAUUUUGCGAUUUUGUGGUCUUGUUCGAAGCUGGAGUAUAUCAGCGAUUUGGGAGACCGAAAUCUAAGCCAACGUUAUCAGCGAGGGGCAAAUCACUAAAAAGUAAUUUCUAAUAAAGUAGAAAAAUGAACAUAAUAUGUAAGUAAUUUGUGGUAUAGAUGUCACAUUAGACUGCUCCAAAAAAAAAGUUGAGAUAUUCAA